CCCCUCUCCUCUCCUCUCCUCUCGUCUCUUUCUCUUUCGAUUAUUCUCUUGCCGUUUUCUCUCUCCUCUCUCCAAACAACUCCCUUACAACACCGAACAUGGCAACAGUAGAUCCAGAGCUAAAAGAAGAAGAGCACGCUCCCGCCGAAGAAGAAGAUACUGGCGCUCAAAUUGCCCCCAUUGUUCGCCUUGAAGAAGUCGCCGUCACUACUGGUGAAGAAGAUGAAGACGCUCUCAUCGAUUUGAAGGCGAAGCUUUACAGAUUUGAUAAAGAAGGGAAUCAAUGGAAAGAAAGAGGUACUGGUACAGUGAAGUUUCUUAAGCAUAAGGUUAAUGGCAAGGUUCGCUUGGUUAUGCGCCAGUCCAAGACCCUUAAGAUCUGCGCUAAUCAUCUGAUUAUUGCGGGUAUGACUGUUCAGGAGCAUGCUGGAAAUGAAAAGUCCUGUGUGUGGCAUGCCAGUGAUUAUGCUGACGGCGAGUUGAAGGAGGAAAUGUUCUGCAUCCGAUUCGCAUCUAUUGAAAAUUGCAAAACCUUCAUGGACAUGUUCCAAGAGGUUGCUGAAUCACAAAAGAAGCAGGAGGAUAAUGAAGAUGCAUCUGCCACAGCUGAAGCUCUUGAGAAGCUGAGUGUUGGAGAAGAGAAAAGCAAGGACAAAACCUCAGAGGAAGAAGUUGCUGCUCCAGCAAAGGAAGCAGUUGCUUCUGCAGCGGUGACAGAACCUGAGCCUAAAAAGGAUGAUGUGGAGAAGAAGGUUGAGGAACCUAGCACUUGAACUUAGUGUUUAUGAAUUUUUAGUGGUGCGGCAUCUAUCACUCGCUGAGUGUUUGAAGGCCUGGUAGCUGUCGUUUAUUGUGCGCAAAUAUGUUGGUAGUAAUUAUUUUGGCCGGUCUUUAUUCUUGGAAGCAAAUGGGUCAGUAUUUCAUUAGUUUCUGUUGAUGCUUGGUCUUUGUCUUCUAUCUGGGUUUUGAGGAUUGUUAUUGUUUUUCAUUUGGGUUCUAUGAUGAGGCUUAGAAAGAGUUUUUUCAUACAUACUAAAAUAUGUACUGGGUGUAAGUUGGCGUGUUUUUGGUUGUCUGCUGAGUCCGCGGUGUACGGAAAGUUUCUACAAGAAAAGGAUUUUUGUCCUAGUUGGCUCUUGAUUUGCU